AUGGCCAGUAACAAAGGGCAGAAGGCCGAGAGAAGUGGCAGACUGGCUUCAGACAAGUCCAGGGAAGGUGUUGAGGACCAGGACUGGCUAGGUCCAGGCCUUGGGGCUGCACCAGAGGUGCACAGAGGUCAAAAGACCAACAUCAGGGAGUCAGGAGGUCAAAUGAGUGAUAUGAUCCCAGUGUUCAGUACAGUAGAACUGGUCAAAGACAGCUGGGCUAGAGACUGUGGUGAAGACCAGGGUGACCAGCCAGGAGUCAGAGGUAGCUCAGGGGAGCUAACAGAAGUGAGUCUGGUUGUUGAGGCCAGCUCAGGGGCAAGUCUGGAGGGUAAUUCUGACUUGGAAGUGGGCUCAGGCAUGAACUGGGGUUGGUGGUGA